AUGCCCCAAAUCCCGGCAACCUCACCGGCAACAGGCCUCCCGACUACCCCAUCUUUCCUGCACACGACAUCGUUUUCAUUCGUCGAUACACAUGGGCGCACGCUGCUGCUGCGUGGUGUGAACCUGAGCGGCGCGUCUAAAGCCCCCGUGGGUCGCCUCUCGCAUGUGCUGGACGGGUUCUGGGAGAGUGCGGGGGCAGACGAGGAUACGGAUUGUUGGUACGGGGAAGAAGAAGAUGACGAAGAAGCUAUUGUAGAUGACGAAGAAGAUGAGGAUAGGGUUGGGGAGAGCUCGGGCAGCAGCUCCGGGCGGAGUAGUCGGGCGAGCAGUAGAAGUUCAGGAAAAGGCAAGGGCAAGGCACGGGACAAGCUGAGCUUUGUUGGGCGCCCCCUGCGGCUGGAAGAUGGUAGUGCGGAUGUCCACCUCGCGCGCCUCCGUGGAUGGGGCUUCAAUCUGCUCAGGUUCCCAUUCACUUGGGAGGCGCUGGAGCAUGAAGGGCCUGGCAAAUACGACUACGAGUUCAUGGACUAUACGAUUCAAGUUCUCUGUAAAUGCAAAGAGUACGGUUUCAGAGUAUACAUGGAUCCACACCAAGACACUUGGUCCCGUUUCUCUGGCGGUUCCGGUGCGCCUUUCUGGACCCUCCCCGCCUGCGGCAUCAACCCACGACACAUAACCGCGACCCAAGCCGCCCUCCUCCACUGCGAAUACCCAUCCCCAUACGACCCCUCAGGCCCCGCCCCCGCAACGCUCCCCGCCAUGGCCUGGUCGACAAACUAUGGCCGUCUCCUCUCACAGACCGUCUUCACACUUUUCUUUGCCGGACGUGAUUUUGCGCCAAAUUGCAUCAUCGAUGGCGUGAACAUCCAAGAUUACCUCCAGUCACACUACAUUGAAGCUUGCGGGCGGCUUGCGGACCGUAUUCGCGCGUACGAUGACGCGCAGAUUGCAGCGGGUGUGUGGCGGAGAGGCGAGGGCUUGCUGGAUGCAUGUGUGAUUGGAUGGGACUCGCUGAACGAGCCGUUUGAGGGUUUGUGUGGGUGGGUAGAUCUCGCUGUGAAUCCGACCGCUCAGGGAUCGACGCUCAAGAAAGGCACGUAUCCUACACCGGCACAGAGUCUGCGGCUUGGCAUGGGCCAAAAGCAAACGGUUGAGCACUGGACGUUCGGCGCGUUCGGUCCUACGCGCGACGGUGUAGUUGAGAUUGACCCCAAGGGACGCAAAGUAUGGGCGGACGCUGCUGCACUCUCACCUGAUGCCGACUCCGACUGGGCGGGUGGCGAGUUGCCAGACGGCACGCAUCCGCGCUGGGGGUGGAAGCGCGAUGUGUCGAAAUGGCCGUUGGGGACGUGUAUCUGGGCACAGCACGGCGUCUGGGACGUUGAGACAGGCUUUGUGCUGCGUCCUGCGUACUUCCGCACGCACCCGGUGACGGGCGUCGAGGUCGAGUUCCUGUCCGACUACUGGAAGCCGCAUUGGCUUGCGUACGCCGCUCGUGUACGGCGCGCCCACCCUGAAGGCAUGGUCUUCGUCCAGCCUCCGGUCUUUGCGAUUCCGCCUGCGUUCACAGAGGAAGAGCUCGGUGGGCGCACUGCAUACGCGCCACAUUACUAUGACGGCCUCACGCUUGUCACGCGCCACUGGAACUGGUUCAACGCGGAUGCGCUAGGGUUGCUGCGAGGCAAGUAUACGUCGGCGCUGCGCGCGGUGAAGCUCGGUGAGGGCGCGAUCCGCAAGUCACUGCACGAGCAGCUGGGGUACCUCCAGGGCGACGUGUCUGCGGCAUCUGGCGUGCUGGGUGGUGAUUCGACGCGCGGGUAUCCGACGGUGAUUGGGGAGAUCGGGACGCCGUUCGAUAUGGAUGGGAAGCGUGCGUAUGGGUGGACGGACUCGGGUAAACACCAGGGGGAUUACAGCUCACAGGAAAAGGCGCUCGACGCCAGUCUACAGGCGUGCGAUGCGUGGGUGCUGACGAAGGGUAAGGAGAGGGAGAGGGAACGCGAAACAGGUGGGGGUAAUGGGCGAGGGGAUAGUUUGAAUUAUACGGUGUGGACGUAUGUCCCCGACGACCAUUCACAUGAAUGGGGAGAUGGAUGGAACUUGGAGGAUUUGAGUUUGUGGAGUCCAGAUGAUGUUGUUAGGGACGACGAGGAGGAAUGUUGUUGUUGCUGUGAUGAAGAAGAUGAAACAGACAUUGUGCGCCGUCAACAGCAGCAACAGCGGGAGGCGGAGGGUGUGUACGGGGACGUGCAGGAUAUGCGCAUACCUCGCGUCUCCUCUGACAACAAUGAACUGGACGACGUCGUUGCUGAGGCCGAUGCCACGACGCUCCGCACGGACAGUCGUGCGGUGCUCCUCAUGGACGGUGAACGCGAGGCCGAUGCGCUCGCUAGUCUCGCCGGCGCUGGAGCUCAUGCUAGCAGCGCGUCGGCGAUCAAAUGCAACUGCUCUCCUCGCAACUGCGCGCGCCGCCGACGCCGUCCCCAAGUUUCGCGGGCGGGGUCGAGUGCUAAAUUGGUGAAAGCUGAUCGCAAGUUACAGCGUCAGCAGCAGCCGGAGCGGUCGCUGCCUAUGACAGCGGCGUUGUCGUCUUUGAGUCUUGCAACCCUCGGGUCGUCGACGGGUAUGGGCGUGGAUGUGCAUGCGCUCUCGCAGCAAGUUCAAAGGCAGCGAUUCACUCGCGCCCAGUCCUCCGCCCAGCAACUUGAACAGGAUGAACGGGGAAGACCGGGGAACGCGCGCUCGAGGUCCAAGGUGUCGGUUGCGUCGACCGCGACGGCGUCGUCGUUUGAUUCGGAGCGUACGUCAAAGUCAAGUUUGGUGAAACAUCGCCAUCAUCAUCACAGUAAAUCAUGUCCCCGACAUCAUCCACACACCCGUUCAUCAUCCUCCAAUUCCACUUCUUCCGGUAUCCCGCUCCCCCUCCUCCGUGCGGGUUACGACCUGAACCCGUACACAUUCCUGACGAAUGGCGCCCGCGCUGUGCGUGCGUUCGCGCGGCCGUGGCCUGUUGCCGUUGUGGGUCGUGCAGUGGAUGUACGAUUUGACGUGGCAAAGGGCGUGUUCAAGCUUGUGGUAUGGGUUGGGUGGGAAGACCGGCCGCCUGCUGGUAGCAGUAAUCGCAGCAGUAGGAGUAGUGGUACCAGAACCCAGGAAGACGGUGAUGAAGGGGGAGUGGAGAGACGGAUGCCAACUGAGGUGUUCUUACCGCUUGUGCACUAUGCACAUCCCAGGUUGCUUGAGAGCGCACGGAGUGGGAAAGAUAGCACGCGGAGGAGCUCGAAGGAGGAGAAAGCAAAGGCGAUGGAGAAAUAUGCAGCACAGGGAAACUUGAAGCUGAGAGAUGAGCGUGGGCGAGGAGGUUACCCGCCUACGGCAAGCAUGGCAAGCCUCGUCCCGCACGAUGGAGAUGAAGAGGGUGCCGCACAGCGACGAGGGACGAGUUUGGAGUCGAGUGUGACCACGCUGGCGCCGACGCCUGUUAUCACGAGUGCGCCGCCACCGCCGCAUGUGCGCGCUCUCGAACCGGUGACGCGCAAGUCAAGCGAUGAGCUCAGUUCGCCUCUGAGCACGAUGACGAACCCUAUUCCUGGACCUAUGAGCGCGUCGAGCACGGGUGCAAGUGCGAGUACGAGUACGACGGCUGCUACGCUCGUGAACGUCAUCACCUCCUCCGGUACCUCCAAGUCUGGCCCCAAAUCCUCGAUUUCGACGUUUACCGCUGCCUCUGGCAAGCCGAGUAGCAGUCUGUUCCCACCUGGUAUUGACCCCACCGCACGCGCACCGCUGCUCAUUGGGGAUACGUUCUCCCCAUCUUCGUCACCGCCGUCUCCAUCCUCUGACCCCGAAGACGAUCGCGACGACGACCGCCGCGCGCACCCGCUCAUCGACGUCGAAGUCUCUCUCUCUGGCGGGCGGUACUCUAUCCGCGGCCAACGCCUGUUCUGGUGGUACGAUAUCCCAAAAGAGGGUGAGCCGCGACGGGAGUAUGUUUUGGAAGUGAAACGCCGCGGUGGGCCUGUGGGUGUUCCGCCUACCAAGGGGCCACAGGAUAAGAAGAAAUCUAGAGCGAAGAAUGGAAAGGAGGGGUGGUCUGGGGCGUCGGCAUCUAUGUUGUCGUUGUUUGUGAGCAAUGGAAGUAAAGAACAGGUGGGGGAGGAUAAAGAAAGUCGUCGGAGGGAGAGGGAGAGGAGGAAACGACAGCAACAGCAAGGCGGGGAGGGAGAGGACAAGAAUAGAGGGUGUUGUCAGAGCCUGUGUGAUGAGCAUGGAGGCCUGUUUGGCGGCUGCGUUAUCGCUUGA